AUGAUGCAAUCUAUUCAUAAUGAUGAAGACUGGUCAAUCAUUUCGUCGUCUUCGGAUAUGGAUGAUGACCAGUCCACAGGCAGCUCUGUGCUCGGAAGCAGCAAGGAGUUAAGUUUAGACCAAGAUAAAGAAGUUUCCAGCGUUGGCACCUUAAAACUACCUAUCAUUGCCCCAGAUUUUGAAACUACGAGCAAAAAUGAAGCAACCAAGAGCCCUAAAAAGCCCAUCGUCGAGCCCAUUAUAGACGAUUCUUCACAGAAUGAGGAUAGACAUAUUGACAAUGUGAUUAAGUUUUAUGAGAAUCUUUCGUUUAGAACAGGAAAAUGGAAUGACUCAAUUAAACAAAAGUCCAGCGAAUUUUACCAAAAUGUAGCCAAACUGAGACUAGAGCAAUUCAAUAAGUUCAUUUCAUCCAAAGAUGCCAUAGACGUAGCAAGUAAUAAAGCUGAAGAAGAUAAUGGUGACAAAGCAGAUGUUGAAACGGAUAUUGUGGAUUUGGAUCCUGCCGAGGCACAACCGGAUGAGAAUAAUGGUCGCAAAUGCAGAGCAAAUUGUGUGUACUUAAAAUUUGAAGGCUUGCAAGAUUUUAUGGAGGACAAUUCGGAAUAUUUAUUUUACUACUUUGUAAGUAGCAUUUUGGGAGUGGUCUCAUUGAUUGGGUUAUAUUACAAGAUCAAUUGGAAUUCAGUAUUAUGCUAUCGUAAACAGCUGCCAACACCAUCAAUUUUCAUGACCACGUUAAGUUAUUUUGACAAAACAGCGUUUAAAUUUAAGACCUAUUUGGAGGAUCUAUUUUAUGAAGAUUCAUACCCGACAUCAAAAUACUUCGGAUUAUAUCAAGUGACUCCGUCGAAGACUAUCAAGUUCUCUAAAAAGAUGAAUCUGUGGAAAGAAUACGAUUUUGCCAGACUAAAUGAAUGGUUGCGUGUCAUGAAACAAAAGGGUAUCAUCAAUUUCAACGCAUGGUAUACCCACAUUACUCAGAACCAGGCUGCUGAACUCAUUAACUUGUGGCAUCAUCUUAAACAGCGCUACAUUGUGAACCCGUAUGACUUGAUUUCCCGUGAAUUGCAUCAAGUACCCGGUUAUAUAAAGCUUGCUAAUAAUUCCAUAUUAAGGUCAUUUGAUCGGUGUUGGAAGAACAAUUCCUUGGAAUAUGUUUUUCAUAGGGCUAAAUUCAAUGUUGAUCAGAGUGCGAGACAUAUUUACAGAUCAAGUUACCCACUUCGAAAAUUUGUUGCUGAUUCAAUGAAUAUUUAG